UUAAUUUGUCUUCUACAUAUCAUUGCAAGUGGACAGGGCACCUUUUCACAGAGCAGCCAUACUAAUAUAAAUUAAAGAGCAUCACUACUUGGUAUCUUUGUAUGAGAUCCAGCUUUAGAUCAAGAACACAGUUGGCUCUCAGUGCGCUAAGCUUUUUGGACAUGGCAGAUAUUCAAGAACCCCAAGAUCACCAUAUUAAUGUAUUGGAUCUGGAAGACAAUAGCAAAGCAAGCUCAUCCUCAACUGAAAAUUCCACGAACUUUCAAGCAAGAAACUACAAGUGGUGGAUUCGAAUAUCCAUGUAUAUACUUUUUGUUUUGUGUGGACAAUCAACAGCAACCCUUUUGGGAAGAUUAUAUUAUGAUCAAGGUGGACAUAGCAAAUGGAUAGCUACUCUUGUUCAAACUGUGGGUUUUCCAAUUCUCCUUCCUUUCUAUUUCAUAUCUUCUUCUUCUUCUUCAUCAAACCCUACCACCAUUAAUGGAAGCAAUAAUAACAACCAAGCAAAACCAAAGUCUAUCUUAGUAUCCCUAUCAAUGGUUUAUGUUACCCUAGGCUUGCUCAUAGCAACAAGCUGUUUCUUAAUCUCAUAUGGGCUUAUGUACCUUCAAGUUUCUACUUUGUCAAUCAUUUUAGCAUCCCAACUAGGUUUCACUGCUUUCUUCUCUUUCUUCCUCAAUUCCCAAAAGUUCACUCCUUUCAUCGUGAACUCCAUUUUCCUUCUCACUAUCUCCUCCGUCCUCAUCGCCUUUCAACCUAAUUCUUCGAACCUCAACGGUGUCUCUAAAGCAAAGCAGGCAAUAGGGUUCAUAUGCACUCUUGCUUCUUCAGCACUCAACGCGCUCAUCCUCGCUCUCUCGCAGUUCUUCUUCCGAAAGGUUAUAAAAAAAGAAACCUUCAAAGCUGUUUUGAACUUGAUUUUGUUUGAGUCGAUAGUAGCAAGCUUUGCUAUAGUGGUUGGUCUUUUUGCUAGCAGUGAAUGGAAUGGUUUAGGUGGAGAAAUGGUGGGGUUUGGGUUGGGAAAAGCUUCUUAUGUUAUGACUCUUGUUUGGACUGCUAUAACUUGGAUGCUUUUUCAAAUUGGUGCGGUGGGAUUGAUAUUUGAAAUUUCUUCUUUGUUCUGCAAUGUGAUUUCUGCUUUGGCUUUGCCUCUUACUCAAGUUUUGGCUGUGAUUGUUUUCCAUGAUAAGAUGGAUGGCGUUAAGGCUAUGGCAAUGGUUUUGGCCAUUUGGGGCUCGGGCUCCUAUAUCUACCAGCAUUACAUUGAUGAUUAUAAGGCAAAGAAGAAUAACAAUGUAGCUGAAAAUUAUGGAAAUUCAAGUACUGGAGUACUAGCUAGCUAAUUCUGGCUGCUAUUUCCUCUACUAGUGAAUGAAUGAAAUGUAAAUGGGAGACAUUUGUCUUUUCCCUUUAGCCAGGUCCUACAACUUUUGUUUUUUAAGAAAAUAAAAUGUGAGUUACUUCCUCCUUAA